UGUGUGUGUCAUAUAUAUAUAUAUAUAUAUAUAUUUAUAUAUUAUAUAUAUAUUAGUGCCUUUUUGUUUUGCAAGGCAUAGGUAUAAGUACAGAGGUGUUUUAGGCAAUGAUUUCACAUUGAUUACCUUCUUCAGUAUAUGCAUGCAUGGCUUACACUCAGGCAUCUGUUUUUCCCCGAAUGUAUUUAUACAGUAACCCACAGACAGGCCUUCUGAAAGAUCGUAACAGAUGGCGAACCCGCUUGUACAUUUACGCUGAUGCGGGCGUAGAGGUGCCGACGCGCCACGUUCAAAAGGCAGCAUUAAAUCAGAACGAAUUCAGGGUUACGUGCUACACCGGCUACACUUCGGUUCUGCAUUUAUAUUCUGAUCUCGUCCUAAUUGUAUUUGAACGAUGUAGAAGUAAGAUGAUAUGAUGCCGGCUUUGGUUGGUGAAUUCCGCGACGCCUCCUCCCACCCCGAGCCGACGACAGCGGGACUCCGCUGUUGCUACCCGGCCAUUUACAAUGGUCCAGCCUCCUCACCUCCACAGAAACCCACAGCCAGACGUAUAAGAUCAUACGGUUUUGAAGUUAUCCACUCAGGCCUAAAUGCAAAGCUGCUUCUUGCUUUUAGCCUGGGAUUACUCAGAAAGUAAAUGAGAUUAACUGCAUCAAACAUACAGAUAUUCUUCUACCCCUUUGAUAUACAAAUACAUAUCUUUUAAUUUAAACCCUGGACACAUAUUACUCGUAGAAUGUCUUUAUUUUUUAUGUAUUAUAUGUUCAGUGUGUUUCGUGUUCUGAAAGUAAUCAAUGUGAAUUUAACCCAGUGUUCAUAUGAAAAAGAUUUUUUUUCUUGUCUUUUAUUAAUUUAUAUUGUAUUUUCCCAGCAUAUAUUCUCAUUGAUAUUAUAUAAUCAAAGUACAUACCUGCAUGGUACCCUGUUCCUUAUGGUUAUACCUUGUGUAUGUACAGUAUAGUAUGAAAUGUGUUACCUCAAAAUUGAUCACUGUUACUUAAUAGUGGUAACAUUAAUAAACUCCAAAUCAUGCCACAGAUUAAUCUUAAAAUCAUGCUAAAAACAGACAUUUGGUAUAAUGUAAUGUGAAGUGCUGGUUGAAUGAAGAGGGAUUGUCCAAGACACAGCAUUUACCUGAUUUAAUCAGGUGUAAGACCAAGUUCCCUUUCAUCUCCAAUGCCACACUGAACAGGAAAUGAGUUUGAGAUUAAACGUUUAAUCAAGCCUCUUUCUUUCCUCGUCAUGUAUCAGAUUGGUCAGAUAGCUUUCCCUAUGCCUGCCCACAUUAUAUUCUUCAGAAGAUGACACCAUUAUUUUUAGUGGGUGAUGGUGUUUCAUGACAACGCCUGUGUCUUGGGUUCGAGUCAGACUGCAUUGUGUGCUGUGUCUAUGUGGAUUUCUUUCCACUGCCUAAGCUAAUUCGAGUUAUUAGUUCACCUUCUGCUAGCUGUGAUCAGAAUAACAUUCCUUGGGUUAAACACUAAAAAGCACAAUAUUACUGUUAUCAAGCACCAUCACCAUAAUAAAUGCAUUAAAAGGAUAAGAAUACAGAUUAUCCUUAGAAGCUGUUCAUGGAAAGGUCUACAAUUUUGUGUAAAAAUUAUUUGAAAUAUGUUACAGCUAGGGGGGCGGCAUGGUGGUGCAGUGGUUAGCACUGUCGCCUCACACCUCUGGGACCUGGGUUCGAGUCUCCGCCUGGGUCACAUGUGUGUGGAGUUUGCAUGUCGCCAUGUCGUCGUGGGGUGUCCUCCGGGUACUCUGGUUUCCCCCCACAGUCCAAAAACAUGCUGAGGCUAAUUGGACUUGCUAAAUUGCCUGUAGGAGUGAAUGGUGUGUGAGUGUGCCCUGUGAUGGGUUGGCCCCCCAUCCUGGGUUGUUCCCUGCCUCGUGCCCAUUGCUUCCGGGAUAGGCUCCGGACCCCCCGCGACCCAGUAGGAUAAGCGGUUUGGAAAAUAGAUGGAUGGAUGAUAUUUACCACUGAAAAACACUAUGUUGUUAGGACUGCACAAUUAACACAUGCCGAUUCUUUGGUGCAUGCAGAAUCAUCACCGGAGCUUCACAUGAUAGCCGUAAACACUUGUCCAGAUGCCAGCUUUUCAGAAUUAUAUGGAUGUUUACUUACGCCGGCAGUUUGGUAAGCAGAUUAGUAGCAGGCCUAAAAUAUUAUUGAGAGCCGUAGGGUUACGCCUAAAAGUUGCUAAUCUGUAUAAAUUCAGUGUAUCCUUAUGUUUAAUAUACGUGACAGUCUUUAAACUGCAAAAAGUAAUACUGCCACCCCACAACAUCUUUUUACCUUGUUUAUACACAAUAUCUUCUAUUUCAAAAGAUGUUGUGGCUGCUGAGCUGUCCUUUUCUUCACCCCCGCUUCAGUGCUUAUUGCUUCCAUGAUUUACUAAAACAGUAGCAUGUGGCAUGCUCCGCUAACCGAAUUUAAUAAGCAUAAGGAUAUGUUGAAUUUGUACAGAUGACUAACUUUUUGGCAUCAUAAUAUGCAUCUCAUUAAUAUUUUAGGUGUACUACUUAAAUUGCAUUCCAAAUUAUGGGCGCCAGUAAAUGUCUGAAUAGUAUCAAAAAGCUGGUGUCCAGACAAAUGUUUACCGUAUAACCCACCGUAUAAUCGCGAUUACAUUGUAAUGUGAUAUUGUGCAUCCCUACAUGUUGAGAUUAUUAUUAAAUAGAUCACAUACAGGACUGGAGGGGUGGCAUGAUUGCGCAGUGGUUACCACUGUUAUCUCACAUCUCUGGGACCAGAGUUUGAGUCCCUGCCAUGGUCGUAUGUGGAGCUUGCAUGCUCUCCCUGAGUUGUUGUGGUGUUUCCACCAGUUACACAAUUUUCCUCCCAUAGGCCAAAAACAUGCAGAGGUUAAUUGGAGUUACCAAAUUGCCUGUAGGUGUGCAUGUGUGAGUGAAUGGGGUGUGAGUGUGCCCUGCGAUGGGUUGGUGCCCCAUCCUGUGUUGUUCCCUGUCCUGUGCCCGUAGCCUUUGGGAUAGGCUCCGCUCCCCCCCCACCCCCGCCACCCUGAAUAGGACAAGCGGUUUCAGAAAAGGGAUGGAUGUGUGUCUAGCCAGAAAGACAUUGAUAUUACCCAAAACAUGUAAAUCAGGCAAGUAGCCAGUUUUAGGGUUGACUGAUGUAAUUGGCCAUUUACAUAGUUAUUAUUUAUGAAUUACUAGUAAUAUUUAUUGAUUAAAUUAUUUAGAAUGUUUUUUAGAAAGUUAUAAAAAACACCAGUUUAUUUUAAUCUGGUUACAUUAUUUAAAAAAUUGACUGAACUCACUGAGCAUCUGAUGUCCCAAAAAUGAAAUGGAUGGGUUGUUUUUUUCAGCGUAAGGCAUUAGGGUUUGCAAACAGCAAGACGGGGUCUGUGAAAAAUGGGGCAACACAGAAUGAGGUCCCCCCGUUUCUUGUGAGUGCGAGACGAGAGGCAGCCACGAAGACGUACAAGAGAGAAGUCCGAGGAGGAGGAGGAGGAGGAGGAAGAGGAACAGGGGACCGGCAGCCCCUGGAGAAGGUAGGGAGUAGUGGAGCACAAGGGAUGGCCAGUGGAAACGAGAGCAGCCAUGUUUCUGGCAACCCGCUGGCAGCCAUGGCGACCACGGGAAGCGAGGUGGUGGGUGAGGACUGGUCCUCAGCAGUGUCCACCUAUGUCAAGCUGGUCCUCCUGGGUCUGAUCAUCUGCGUCAGCCUGGUGGGAAAUCUGGUGGUAUCUCUGCUAGUUCUGCGGGACCGGGGACUACACAAGGCUCCCUACUAUUUCCUGCUGGAUCUUUGUCUGGCCGACACCAUCCGCUCAGCUGUCUGCUUCCCUUUCGUCCUGGUGUCCAUCAAGAAUGGCUCCGCCUGGACCUACAGCGUGCUGAGCUGCAAGGUGGUGGCCUUCAUGGCCGUGCUCUUCUGCUUCCACGCCGCCUUCAUGCUCUUCUGCAUCAGCGUCACACGGUACAUGGCCGUGGCGCACCAUCGCUUCUACUCCAAGCGCAUGACCUUCUGGACCUGCGUGGCCGUGGUCUGCAUGGUGUGGACCCUGUCCGUCGCCAUGGCAUUUCCGCCCGUCUUUGACGUGGGCACCUACAAGUUCAUCCGUGAGGAGGACCAGUGUAUCUUUGAACAUCGCUACUUCAAAGCCAAUGACACACUGGGCUUCAUGCUGAUGCUGGCCGUGCUCAUCCUGGCCACCCACGUAGUCUACAUGAAGCUCCUGUUCUUUGAGUACAAGCACCGUAAGAUGAAGCCUGUUCAAAUGGUGCCAGCAAUCAGCCAGAACUGGACCUUCCAUGGGCCAGGCGCCACUGGCCAGGCGGCAGCCAACUGGAUUGCGGGUUUUGGCCGGGGCCCUAUGCCGCCCACUCUGCUGGGCAUCCGGCAGAACCUGCACAACCAAAACCGACGGCUGCUGGGUAUGGAGGAGUUCAAGGUGGAGAAACGUCUUGGGAGGAUGUUCUACGUCAUCACCUUGUCCUUCCUCGUGCUCUGGUCGCCUUACAUCGUGGCCUGCUACUGGCGUGUCUUUGUGAAGGCCUGCACCAUUCCUCACCGGUACCUCUCCACCACGGUCUGGAUGAGUUUUGCUCAAGCUGGGGUCAAUCCCAUCAUAUGUUUCUGCCUCAACAAGGACCUGAAGAAGGGGCUGCUGGCUCACUUGCCUUCCUGCUGUAGGACUACACCUCAACUACCCCGAGAGGCCUACUGUGUCAUAUGAGGGAGGGGAGGGGAGGUGGGAUUUCUAAGGGAGGGGUGGGCUUGUGGACUGAGAUUUUUAUCUGUAGGGGAUAGGCAGGGUGACCUGGGAUGGGGGAACAAUAAAAGUGUCGUGGCCUUUCAGUCAGUGCAAGAUGCUUUAAUGUCCAAGGUUUAGCUGGAAUGCAUGGUUAGAGGUGAUGGACUGAGUCAUAAGUGUUGAAGCUCUUGUCCCAUCGGGUGUGACUCUUGUUCCUCCUUUUGAAAAGGUGAAGAGGGAUCAUUUAUGCCAGACACAACAUGGCUGUUAGUCACAGGCACUAGGACAUGUAUGAAAGAGGCAAAGUGGCUAGACUUUGUUCUCGCAGAGCCACGGAGCGGAACGAUUACGGACAGAGGCGACGCCUACAUGCAGCGUUUGUUGUGAUGUUUAAAUGUUUAAGAGAGGCAAGCUAGCCAAGCGUUACAACAUAUUACUCAUGUAGUCAGACCGCUGGGAGAUUUCAGAACGUAAAUAUUUCAGUAAUGCAGAGCGCAGUGUGAUACGGUCAUUAUGAAACAGACGAUCCUGUCCCAGCAGUAGACACAUCUCUCGAAGCGGUUUUACUACCAAAGACAACAGUGGAAAUGGGAGCGAACACGAUAGGGUGACAUCACCACGGCCUGAUCACGGACUCCACACCAUCAGAAAACGAGUCAGAUGUUCUCAUCUUUACAAAGUUCUUACAGUCUUGUUUUACUUGAUUAAUGACAUUCAGAUAAAGAGGUUAUUUUAGUGCAGACAUUGUAAGCCUAAAUGCACUAGAACAACUGUCAGAGAGACUCGUGGGUAAUCUACAUUCAUUUUUUAAAAGGGUGCAGGGGAAUCUCAGGCCACAGGAAUUUACAUAUCAAAUACAACACGUCUUUCUCAUCUCCAUAACACUGUUUGGAAUGGUACCUGGACUCUGAAGACCUCCCUGCACGGGGGGAUCUUUGUUUUGUUCCUGUUCUGCCUCACUUAGAGCGUCAGUCUGUUGAAUGUCAUGCGUGAGGUGGUAAAUAGCACCUGGGGGGGGUUGUGCAGGGUUUGAAGAAAAGGGGAGUGCUAAUUCUCCUUGGAAGCUGGUCCGAACAUUCUAGAAUAGUGUCCUUCACUGCCUCUUAUUCUCAAUUCCCUCCCCUUUUUCUUACACAAGGUCCGGAUCAGGUUGCUGAGUCACACCCUGUGACCGGUGAAUGGGAAUUUUAACAGAAGGUCUUGAGCAGUUUUAUUUUCGUAAAGCACUCUCAGAGGAUGUAUAUGCUUACGAUAAGAGAAACAUUUUCAUGGAGAAUAGCAGAAACUCCGGCUUGUACCCUGAAUUAUCCAAGCUUCAGGUGUUUGCACUUUGUGAUGAUCUGAGGAGACUUAACUCUAACGGCGAGGUCUGACUGACUGGUACCUUUAGAAUGUCUGACCGCAGAUUGUGCCGUUACGGGGAUGGUGUCAUAGGUGUCGGUCAAGGGAAAUUUUCAUAAAACUUUUGUAAAAGCCAUUAUUCCGAAUCGGUCACAGAACUAUGUGGAGCUCCCACCGAGGUCAGGUGGAACAUAUGUAACGCAGACUUGAGUUAUCAGAUAUAUUUUUUUCUUCUGUUGAAAAUAACUAAUAUUAAUCAAAAGGAAAUUAUUAUUUGGUCAUAUCAGUGUACAAUUUAACCAAAUGUUUAUGUGAUUGAUUUAAAAAUAUAUAUUUAUGUAUAACUAGGUUCUCAGUGAAAUUACAAGAUUGCAUUUCCCAGUAUAGAAUGAUACACUCAGUGGCCACUUUAUUAGAUACACCUGCUCAUUAAUGCAAAAAGACAUGGGUGUAAAUUAUGGGGGGUUGUAACCCCCCCCCCCCCCCCAAAAUUUCAAACCAGCCAAUACAACAAUACAACCCCCUGCUCAGCCCAAAGUUAUGCCCUUGCAAACAGGGAAUUACAGUUUAACAUGUAUAUACAGCACACAGAUGGGCUCAAGAGGCUCAGUUACUGUGCAGCUAGGAAUUAGAACAGCUAAGAGACAUGAUCUAAGUGUUUUUAAAUGUGGUGUGAGUCUUGGUGCCAGACACAGUUCCUGCUGCUUAGAUACAGCCACCCACCUGAGAUUCUCACUUACUACAGUGUAUAGAAUUUACAGAGAAUGGUACGAUAUACGAAAACAUCCAGUCAGCCUCAAGUUUGUAGCUGAAGAGCACCUUGUUAUUAAAAGGAAUGAUAGGGGGAUGCCCAGACUCGUUUAAACUAACAGGAAGGCCACAAGUACAAGGACAACAGCUCGGUGUAACAGUGGUGUGCAGAAGUGAUUCUGGAGACAAACGUUGGUCCUGAGUGGUACCUAAUAAUGUGGCAACUGAGUGUACAGGGGACUGUAAAAAAUACAACAAUUAUAGCAGAGGAGAAAAUAAAAUAACAAAGAGAAAAUAAAAUACCAGAUUGUUCACCAUGGCCUUAAACUGUCAACCGAAAGAGUUGGUUUUGUACUCGAGACUGAAAAGAGAUUUGUCUGCAGUACGGCCCGGAUGACCAGGAAAAUGGUGACAAAUGGGGACAGUAUGAGCACUGUGGGAUUGAUGAGUCCUGGAGACACGUUCUUCUGAUUCUCUUUGGCUUUCUGACCGACUUCCAAAAUGAGGAGACGAACUCUGAGUAGGAGAGGCAAAGACGACACGUGGAACAACGGAAAAUGAAGUUUCGCCGAACUCUGAGAGAACUGGACUCGAGCCGAGAAGGAAGAGCGGACAGUCCGCUUGGAACAGCUCUGGGGGCUGGUGGGGGAAGGGGGCGUCAUUUUUUAUUAUUAUUAUUUGCAGAGGAUUUAAGGCAGAGAAGUGGCCAGGUAGUAGGUGUUGGACUGCGGAGAAUGGGUUUGGGGUUUUUAACAGGGUGGGUAGAGGGGCAGCCAUCUUUUGGGUUGUUUAAUACAAACAGCCUGAUUUUGUAAACAAAAGAAUAAUGUUUCUUCAGGCAUACUAUGUUUUGUAAAUUCUCUGUGACCUCUGUACUAUCUAACGUGCAUCAGAUGGACGGACUGCUUCUGAAAAUCAUUGUUUUUUUCAUGCAUGCAUGUGUGUGUGUGUGUAUGUGUAUGCGUGCACGCGCAUGUGUGCGUGUGGGGAAAAAUGACAUGAUGGAAAGGGUUGUUUUAAAGGGAACUGUUGAGAUAAAUGGAGAGGAUGUUUAAGGAAAGAUGGGCCACAGACACCUGAGCCUGAAAAAUGUCCCUCCUAUGACUUGAAUCAUAAUUUAAAGCUUUUUAAUGGAGGAUUAUCCCACCCUCCCUCUGAACAGUAUUUACACAUGCAUUGGAAACAGUUGUGUCACAACCUGAGAUUUGAAAGCCACAUUCCUUGCUGAUCCGGUGCCCCCUCACUGCCACGUGACUGGAAUUAUCAUGAACUUACGCUGAAUUCGCAAUUCAUGUGCAUGCCAUUCUGGGAACAGGGGGUGGGGGGUUCGGUCUGUAAAAUAUUAGCUUGUUUAUCCGAAAGCAAGUGCAGUUCAUCAGUUAAAUGUACCUGCCAGGUUCCCCAACACUUCCUGGGGUGGCUGUGUGAAAUGUGAAGACCAAACUGAGGUCAAGUUUAAAUACAAAAAAAUGUGUUUCUUCAUUUAUUACAACCAGGAGCUACAUUUUUCAUGGUUUCACGUUUGUGGUUUGCUUAAGCUGUCAAACUGAGUAACACCGAAGGCACACGAUGUAGGACAGUGUGUAAGGUGCAAGCUCUUGUAUUUUAGGUUGAGUGCUUUUUUUCUGUACAUCUAAAGGUGGAUUUUUACCACUUGACAAUAAAAAUCUACUUUUGAUGCA